GUAUUCUCGCGUUGCUGCAAUCGAGCGGUCGUCCGCGUCCGUGUGUCUCUGUGCACGUGCGCAUCAGUGUGCGAGACCGUGUUACGCGCGUGUGCGUGUGUCUGUGCGUGUAUGUAUCGAAUACACGAGGAGUUUAAAGUUUUGUUGCUCCACAUUUAAAAGCAAACAAAAAAAAAGAGCCGAACGCCAUUUUGCAGUUACAUCGUGAUUAGAGGCGCUCUUGUGAGUGUGUGUGUGUGUUAGUGUGCGCCAGAUUGUGAGAAAGUGAAAGUGAGUGAUAAAAAUAUGAAGCUUGGCGGCGGAUAUUAAGAAAACGUCCGUGGAAUCUGUUCCGUCGUCCUUUAACCGCCCGGCCCGUCUCAAUCCAGUUGCUCUUUUACGGGGUUUUUGGGGCGUGCGUUAAUGAAUAAAUGAUGAGCGACAUCCGGUCGCAGGAUUCAUCAUCAUCACCUGCCAGCUAGCCCGCUGUACUACACCGAUCGAUUGCUCAUCUCGUAGCGUAGCAAGCAAGCGACGAACGCCGUCAAAAUGGUUGCAGGCAUCUCUCGAGCCUUGGCGAAGAUUCAUACCCCGGUCGGUCGUGUGUGUUUGGGCAGGCUUCGAGCUCAGUAAGCAUCAGAAGUGAAUGACGAAAAUGCGAAUUGUGUCCCGAAGGUGUGUCCCUGCUGCUCCCUUACCUAGCGUGCCAACAUGUCCUGAAGCCGUUUCGCCUGCCCAUGGUUGAAAGGGGAGCCCCUCUGUAGCUGGUGUGACGCCUUUUCCGCGGAAAAAUCACACCUUGGUGCUUGAUUUGAAGAAGCCUCGCUACUAGUUUGAGUGUUUUGUGAGUAGUUCUUGUAUGUGUUGUUGUAGCUUCGGCUGACAUUUCAGAAGUGAAUACCGGUCUGCCGAUUGAAGGUGAAAGUGUAGUUUAGUGGUGUAGUGGUGUGUGGUGGGCGAAAAGGUUCUUCCGUAUCCAUCCGGCUUGCUUGCCGCGGGUGCAUGUGGUUCACCGGGUACUGCUGUGGCGUGAAAGGAGCACGCACAGCAGCAGUAGGUCGCAACCAUAGCCACGACCACAACAAAGACGACGGCGAAGACUACCACCAGACCGUUAUGGGUUGCACACCGAGUAUCCUUUCGAACGGAAGCAACAAUCAGCAGCAGCAGCAGCAGCAGCAGUCGCGGAAGGAUAGUGGCCUGUACGUCGGCAACGUCACGUCCAGUGGCAAUGGUAGCAACGACACGAGCAACGCAGCUGCUGCCGCCGCCGGCAACAACAACAAGCUGAGCAACAGCAGCCCGGUCAACCCGACGAUGGUCAAUGCGCCCUACCCGGGCGCGGCCUCGAAGGACGGUGGUACGGAAAAGGAAAGUGCGAAAAAAGAUUCGAUCGUUUCGAUAUCCGCCACGGGGCACAUUACAAGCUUUCCUGUCGUUUCCACCACCGUGCGAAGACCGACCGCUGGAAGUAAGUUGCGCAAUCUUAUCUCGUUUUGCAGUAAGUUUCACCAAUACUCAUCGGCAAGAUUGUGCUGUGGAACCUCCAGCAGUUCAGGCCGGUACGGCCAUCGGAAGUCGUCGCUGGCGUUAACACCAGAAGAGGAACCUCUCGACUCGUGCCCGAGACUAGUGUCGGAUCUGAAGUUUCCCAACCUGCUACCACCGAAUCCUGUGAUUAAGAUUUUGAUUGCCUUCUGCAAGAAUGAUCCCGUGUUCGAAGCGCUGGUCAAUGCCAGCCAUCGGCUCAGCCUGGAGCCAACGUUCGUCAAGUCGGCUGAAAGCGCCAUCGAUGCGUUCCAAAAUCCGAGCUCGGGCGGCCAUCACAUCAUCAUCGUCGAUGCGCGAUACCCGCGCACGAUCGAGGCGGAAGCGCUCGGCAGGUCAAUUCGAAAUUCGAAGGGUAGCCAGCAUACAACAAUGGUUGCGGUAGUGAAAAAGAGUGUAUUUGAAAAGGAUGAUACGGCUGUGAUUUCUCUAUUGGAUGUUGGCUAUAACAGGUGCAUUAUCGAGUCUCCACAUGUAUCGAUUUGUUCGUCGGAGCUGCGGCAAAUCCAGCACUCGCUCGUCCGACCGCAGAAUGUGAUAUCGACUCAACAGGCACUGUACACGGCGCUUCAUCGAUCGAGAGAAGCGGUCAUCAUUACCGACGACACGCUUCGGGCACAGUAUGCGAACCGGGCCAGCGAACGUGUGCUGAAUAUGAAGCUGGAUGAAAUCGUUGGCAGAUCUCUGAGCGACUUGGUAACGGCCGAUAUUAGUAAUAUUUUAUCUCAUACCAGUAGAUAUAAGGACUACGACGGUUACCUUACCACGCGGAGAAAGUCCCAAGAAUCAUCACAAAUCCAUGUUCGUGCCGUACCUGUCUCGUGCAUUGGAAGAAAUCCCACACACUUAGUCUUAAUCCUAGAAUCAUCAUCCAGCGCGCUCGUGUCCACGAACGCGAUCGGCGAGGCGCUGCAGACGCUGCCCCAGGGCAAGGAGGUGCCGCGCGGCUCGCUCCACUCGAUCCGGCGCGGCAGCUUCGACGUGCGGUCGAUCGCGUCGGACGGCCUGCGGCGGACGAGCCUGGCGAAGCUGUCCUCGCUGCCGCUCGAGGCGCCGAUCACCAAAGUGCUGAGCCUGCUGGCCCAGGUUCAGGAAAACUGCUCGCUCGACGAGGCCAAGCUGCUGGACCGCGUGAUGGAGUUCCUCAAGCGCGAGGGCCUGUACAGCCCCCAGAUGAAGGAAAUACGCACCGAGGACCCGGUCGCUACCGAUCUGAUUGGGGCCCUGCUUACGCAAGGACCAACGAACAUCCUGUCGUCCAGGCGCAGCUCGAACGAUUCCAUCAUACGCGGCGGCGGCCGCCCAUCUACAGGGAGCAUCGUUUUCAACAAAACCAAAGAAUCUUCACAACUGUCCGACCUGCUGCAGACGGCCCUGGACUGGGACUUUGAAAUAUUUAAGCUAGAGGAUCUUACCGAGAAACGUCCAUUAGUGUGUUUAGGAUUAGAACUGUUCCGGCGGUUUGAUGUGUACAAUACGUUCAACUGUGACGAGAUGACGUUCAAGCUGUGGCUCAUCGAGAUGGAGAAGCACUACCACAGCGAGAAUACAUAUCACAACAGCACGCAUGCCGCAGACGUGAUGCAGGCCACCGCAGUUUACCUGCAACAGCUGAGCAACCGGGAGCUGAAGAUUAUGGACCGAAUGGACGAAGCGACCGCCCUGAUUGCCGCCGCAACCCAUGACAUAGACCAUCCGGGCCGUUCGUCCGCCUUCCUGUGCAACUCGGACAACACGCUGGCCCUGCUGUACAACGACAUCUGCGUGCUGGAGUCACACCACGCGGCAACCACCUUCCGGUUGACCUUAGGCGACGACAAGAUCAACAUCUUCAAGCAUCUGGACCGGGACAUGUACAAGCUGGCCCGCUCGAUCAUCGUCGACAUGAUACUGGCCACCGAGAUGACGCGACACUUUGAGCAUCUGGCCAAGUUUGUCAGCGUGUUCGGCACGGACGUGGAGUCGAAGGAUCCGCUGCCGCCGGACAACGACGACAACCAGAUACUGGUCCGGCGCAUGCUGAUCAAGUGUGCGGACGUGAGCAAUCCGACCCGCCCGCUCAAGUUCUGCGUCGAGUGGGCCCGCCGCAUCGCGGAGGAGUACUUCAUGCAGACGGACGAGGAGAAGCGCAAGAAUCUGCCGAUCGUGAUGCCAAUGUUUGACCGCACGACCUGCAGCAUCUCCAAAAGCCAGAUCGGUUUCAUCGAGUACAUCAUCCACGACAUGAUGGACGCAUGGAACAGUUUUAUCGAAAUGCCCGAAAUCAUACGCUACAUGGAGUUCAACUAUUCCCAGUGGAAGCUGUUCGAGGAGCAGGGCAUCAACACGCUCAGCGACAUCAAGCGGAAGCAGAUGUCGCUCACCGAGGACACGGCGAGCUCGAUCUCCCUGGAGGAGAAGUUCUAGUAAGCCGGAGAGCCGCCCUGGGAUGCGGCACCGUGCGACUUGCUGUGCUUGUUGCUGUGUGUCACGUUUUGGUGCCCGGACAGUCCGGACAAACCCAAACCCCAAAACCCAAACAAAAACCCCGCUCGAAGCGAGAUGGUCCCGAAUGCGACGCCGACCCGGCCGUAAUGUAAUUAUGGAUUAAUCCAAACGCCAAAGGCCCAACAGUAGGGUCCGCUCGACGACGAGCCACAAUGCGCGAACCCUGCAGAACCCCCCCUUCCCCGGGGUGGGGUGGAUCUUUCUUCCAUGAUUGUAGCAGUAUUGUUUUCAUACCAUCGCCAUUUAGCCCAAACACAUCCCAGCCCAGUACCGCUUAACACUUGGGUUACCACGUCUCUCACAUGGGUGUGUUAGUUGCAAAAGAAGAAAAACACACACACACACCACUGGUGAGCGAAAUAGAAACAAAAAACCAAGAGCGAGAGAGAUUCAUUGGUAGCACCGUGCGAGGAAUUGUUGUUCAUCGUAAUAGCACCACCACCACUACCACUUCCAUCGCCUACUCUAAUGUAUAUCCACGUACAAUCCACAUACACGCAUACAUGAAAAAAACACAAAAAUACACUCGUUUUCUGAGUUUAUCUAGUUUUUUGGGGGAUUAUUAACACCGCUCAAGCGUAAGAAAGCUGUCCCGUUUUUGUAUGUACAUUUGCCAAUAAGAUCUACUAACCUGCGUGUGUUUUGUUUGUUGUUCAGCAGUAGGUUUCAUUUAGCACGUAAGCACACCAAACGGGGUUUACCCUCUCCCCCCCCCCACCAUCGUACAAUGCGCGUUACAUAUAUAUGUAUAGAUUGCAGGGAUCUGCUGUGUCAGGAUAGCUUAACCCGGAUCCCGGUGUUUUGCUAUUCGACUUAGAUACGUAGCUAGGUCUAGUUGUUCGUUUACGCCAUCAUUUACCAUUUUUCCACUCCAAGCGUUGUAAUUUUCGUUUCCAUUUUCCAUUUGGUAGGUCAUCUGCUCGAUUAAUUACAGGUCGAAUCAUAUGGUGAGAUGGUAUAAGAGGUGAGCGUGUGCGUGUUUAUGUAGGGUUUUGUGUCGUCUAAUGAAGCAGAUAGGAGAAAGACACACGUAAAGGAGUAAACACGAAUAGUAGGGAAUUAGGAAAGUCACCCUGUGCGCACAACAACUACCACACAGAGAUUAGGUAGGAAUAUGUUCUGCUAUUUUACCUGUCCCUAUAUAGGUUUUUUUUUGUAUUGUUUUGUUUGUAGCAGCAGUAUUUAUUGGACCCCAACGAUCAGAUGGAAUUUAGCAAUCCAUGCAAGCCAUAUUAACUAGUAGCGAAAACAAACACUUUCUACUCUCCCUAUCGAGCUGUACCUAAACUCCGGUUGCAGUUGCGAAAUAGUGGAAAUGGUGGUCAUUUAAAGAAAAAUUCGUGUAGCAAAACAGAGAGAGCGAGAUAAUUAGAGGGAGUAGAGAGGGACAACACUAACCAUCAGCUUGCCUCGUUGACCGAAGCAACUGGUGGGGUUGUGAUGCCGUACAGAAGCGUAAGUAAAAGGAAAUCAAUUUUAGGAUCGAUGUUUGGCUCUAGGGGUCACUAUUAGGAUGUGUAAGUUUCGCACUCACAUAAACACACAGAGUAAAAUAAACACUUAAAAAAGCGAGUCCUUUCCCCUCCCCCUUAAAAUGAUAGUGUGGUGGUACACCAAGCCGUAUAGUUGUCGAUAUUUAGAUGCCGUAGGUAAAUGUUUUCUGUUAGUUGAUUGACAGUCGAUACAAGCGCAUACAACACAACCCAACAGGGAAUGGGUUCUUAACGGUGGUCAUACAAACGCUUAAAUCUCUCUUCACACACGCUGCGUGGCGUGUGCUGCGUUACACGUUUUCCGCUCCGCUCCGUAUCCGCUACCUUUGCAUCUGUGAACGACCAGGCUGCUCCAUUGCUUUCACCCAAUCCACCAUUUUUUUUGUUUAGUUUGUUUCGAAUGUUUUCUCUCUCUCGCUGUCUCUGUCACUUCCCCAGCGCUACCGUUGAGACCUGAAACAGGGGGUUUAAGCCAUGAGAGCCAUGCGUGUGUGCGUGUUUCUGUGUAUUAUGCAAUAAAACUGUAGAUGAAAACAAAGAUAAAUAUACAGCACACAAGACGGUGUGUGGGGUUUGUGUCGCAAA